GCGGCGGGAGGCGGCGGCGGCGAAGGAGGCGGCAGCGGCGGCGGAGGGGGGAAGAUGGCGGCGCCCGUCCUGCUGAGAGUGUCGGUGCCGCGGUGGGAGCGGGUGGCCCGGUAUGCAGUGUGCGCCGCCGGGAUCCUGCUCUCCAUCUACGCCUACCACGUGGAGCGGGAGAAGGAGCGGGACCCCGAGUACCGGGCCCUCUGCGACCUGGGGACCUGGGUGAAGUGCUCCGCCGCCCUUUCCUCCAGAUGGGGUCGAGGAUUUGGUCUUUUGGGUUCCAUUUUUGGAAAGGAUGGUGUAUUAAACCAGCCAAACAGUGUCUUUGGACUUAUAUUUUAUAUACUACAGUUAUUACUUGGCAUGACGGCCAGUGCAGUCGCAGCUUUAAUCCUCAUGACGUCCUCCAUCGUGUCUGUCGUCGGGUCUUUGUACCUGGCCUACAUUCUGUACUUUGUGCUGAAGGAGUUUUGCAUCAUCUUCGUCAUCACAUAUGUGCUGAACUUCAUUCUUCUUAUCGUCAACUACAAACGACUAGUGUACUUGAAUGAGGCCUGGAAACGGCAACUGCAGCCCAAGCAGGACUGACAAGCUGACGAACUCUUAACUGACAGUUUCAAGUCCCUUUUUCCAUUAAGUUUAUUUUGCAGCAGUUUUUUUUUAUUCUUCACAACAGACACUUUCCCUAAGAAUCUUAAACUGAUUUUUAAAAAUCCUGUAAAUUAGAAGAGGCCCUAGCUAUUUCUUGUGUCAAUCUUCAUUUUAAAUAUGGAUACAAAAAAAAGGAUAUGCCAAGCCAAUUAAAGACAAGCUGUAACUGUACUUUGAAGAUAUUUCUGAAAUAAUAAAAUGAAGCCCUAGCCCCCUUCCCUCAACUGUAAAGUGAGCAACCAUUGCUAGUAAUUCUCUAAUGUGUAUAAAUUCAAUUUCAGGUAUAACAAAUGUGAUCAUGACAUGAAAAUAUUUUAGAAUAGAUACUGUAUUAAAUAUUGCCAUGUUUACAAUAUGUAAUAUGUUUUUAGCUGAUGGAUUUAAACAUGUAGAUUCAACUAGAAUCCAUUUAUGUGAUAUUUGUAAAUAAAGGUAGAAAUAUUGGA